UAAGCUAUUGUGCCUCUUUGCCUACUAAACAAAAACCAAACCAAGAGAGUUCUGUUUUCUUAUGCUAAAAUACCCUGAAAAUCAGCAAAAUAUCUCCUAUGCUCUUAUGCCUCCUCUAUGGCCACUGAACAAAAACCAAACCCAAGAGGUUGCUGUCUUCUUAUGCUAAAUACCCUGAAAAUCAAGGAAUCUCCUACACAUCCUUAUGCCUUUAUGGCCACUAUGUGUUCAUGCUCAAACCACUCUCCAACCCUCCCCACCAUAUCACUCCACUCUGUUCUUCCACUCAAAUCAUCAUUUCAUACUUCACAAAAUCUGCAACCUCCUCCCCAGCCACUAUCUUCUUCUUCUUUUGCUAAGCUUAGUUUGAGUUCAGUCUCUGAAGACACUGCAACCAUUACAGCUGCAGUUGAAGCAGUAGCUCUUGCGAAUGCUGCUGUGGAGGCCGCUAGAGAUGCUGUUUUUUCAGCAUCGGUUUUGGUUGAGUUCUCCAAUGAUGGGGAAAAUGGCUGCCAAUAUGAGAUUGAUGGGUUAUCGGAGAUUCCGGAUUGGAGGCAUACAGUGAGAACCCAAAACAGGAAGAGGAGAAGAAAACGCAAGAAAAUUUCAAAAUUUUUAGAUACGGGUAGCCAUGGAGAAAAGGAACAAUGCUCAUUCAGGCAUUCACGUUCACUGUCUCUAACAAGUAGAGAAGAGGCUGAAUUUUCUUCACACCUCAGGGAGGGAGCAAGGCUAGAAGCAGCUAGAAGGAGAAUUGGAGAAAGAGGAGAGGGUGAGCCAUCCUCAUCACAGUGGGCUCGAGCAGUAGGGAUGGAAAGAAGGGAUCUAGACAAGAUGCUCUGUAGAGAAAGAGAGUCAAGAGAAAGGAUCAUCUUAAGCUACCGGAGACUCAUUUCAUACAUAGCCAACAAUUACAAAGGCAAAGGGUUAAGCUUACAAGAUCUCAUUCAGGUCCCAACUACUUGUACAUAUAUCUCCUUUGAAUCUCAAAGCAGAGUAAUACUAAUUUUUUCAUCCUUACAGGAGGGAAGCAUUGGACUUCUUCGAGGAGCAGAGAGGUUUGAUCCAGAAAAGGGAUAUAAGCUCUCAACAUAUGUUUACUGGUGGAUCAAACAAGCCAUCAUCAAGGCCAUAGCAAACAAGUCGAGAGUUAUCAGACUACCAGGAAGCAUGUCUGAGAAGCUUGCAAAGAUUGCAGAAGCCAACAAUGUCUUGAGCACAAGAUUACGGCGGUUGCCCACUUAUGACGAGAUUGCAGACAUGGUCAACAUUAGUGUAUCCAGUGUAAGGCUCAUAUGGGAGAGAAACAGACCUCCAAUCUCUGCACAGAGAACCCUGGCCAACCAAGGCUCCUUGACACUACAGGAGAUCAUCUCGGGGCCAGAGGAAACAAGAGCAGAAGUAAUGGUGAGUAAACAGCUAAUGAAGCAGGAUUUAGAGAAACUCCUCAGAACACUUGAUAAAAGAGAAGCAUGUGUCUUGGGAUUGUACUUUGGUCUCAAUGGGGAGACACCUCGAUCAUGUGAGGAGAUUGGAAGACUGUUAAAACUUUCGAGGGAGAGAGUUCGGCAGAUCAAUGGUAUCGCAUUAACAAAGUUACGGCAGAUGAGUACCAUUGACAGCCUCAGAGUUUAUAUGAAGUAGGUGUUCUGUAUUUCAAACAACAGUGUAAAGGAAGAGAGAAAGAAUAAGAAACAGAACUAAGUUACAAAU